UCAUGGCUUGCAUAUGUUUAAAUUUUUUAAAAAACAUAGAACGAAAAUUAUCGCAUUGGGUCUUAUAUCAGGUAUUGGAGGGGCUAUAUCAACUUAUAUAGCAUCAGGUAGCCAGAAUUUUGAAGAUCAUGAUGGGCCAACUGACAAAAAUAAAGUGUUUAUAAUGUACCAACAACAAUUUCUUAAACAAUAUGAUUUAUUUAUGACAAAAUUUGAAAUCUCUAUGCAGAAAAAUUGGAAUGUUGACAAAAUUAUCAACAAUAUAGCAAGCAAUCCACCAAAUAAAAUGGAACUUUGGGAACAUCUCAAGAUCACAAUUAUCCUACGCUUGAUUCAUCAAAUACAUUGUUAUGCACUAGCCUCAUUAAUAUUAUCCGUACAACACACUAUCAUGGCCUCUAUACACUACGUUUAUAACUACUCCUACAAAACGCAAAAUUUUUUCGAAGUUUUAGAAACAACUUAUACAAACAAAUCGGUAGAAAUGAUGAUAAAAUUAUUUAAAGACAUUUACGCAGAACCUUUCGAGGAACAAAUUAGGAAGCACUUUGACAGUUUGUCUUUGAAAGAUCCAUUUAAUCCAGCCAAAUUCGACUUAGUCACGAAAUCCGCACUAAAAGAUUGCCAAAAUUUGGUCGGAGCCACUCUUUUUGAAAAUGCAUAUAUUGCCAAUUUGGGAACUUUGUUAACGAAUAUAAUCGAUGAUCACUCUCUCUUAGAGCUUUGCAUAAAUAGCCAAAACUCAACGAAAAAUAUUAGCAAUCUUUUUGAUACUUACGUCUCCGCCCUCAAUAUUGAGAGCAUCGCCAGCUCAAAUUACUAUUCAAUUUUCGUCGAUAUCUUAGUACCACAGGCGAGGGAUUAUUUGUGCAAUAAAAUAGGCGCGAAUUAUUCCGAAAGGCAUAAACUAGUCUUUAAUCACAAUGUUGUCUUGACAUCCGAAAUUUUACCCACCCAAAUGUUUCUCUACCUGAACGAUAAAAAUUUGAAAAAUUUACUCCUAUACUGGAGUGAGGAAUGCUCAAAUAUCUACACUCAAAUGCUUGUUAUCCAUCAUUGGCCAAAGUUUAAAUCAAAUGUUCAAUGUACAUCGCAGAAAGACAAAUCUAAUACAAGAAGUGAAUCGGAAGAUAUUACGGAAUCUGGGCAAAAGCAAUUUGGCAAGGAAUAUCUACACAGCUCAAUUUAUAAAACCAUUCCAUUUGCGUCCUUAUUUCCAAUGUUAGAAAAUUUUACGAAUGCUGAAACGCGAAAAUUUUACGAGGAGAUUAAAGAAACAUUUUCAAUGCACCUGAAUACUCAUGCAUUUUUAUGGGAGCUUUAUGAAAACACUAUACACAAAUUGGAAUCAAUCACCAAAAAUUGAUUACAUAUAUAUUAUUAAAAUCUAGUCACCCUGUUCGCGACAAUUAAUA